ACGGGCGAUGGAGCGGAGUGUGGGAAAGGGCGUUUGGAGCAAAGUGCAUGGCGUGGGCAAAGGCGUGGCAGCGAGAAUGAGGCGCCAUACCCGGGAGGGUGGGCCUUUGUUCUGAGGCGCCGGGAAGCCCCUGCUGCGUCUGCACUGAGGGAUCACAGACCGGGAGCGGGGUGGAGGUGGGUCGGAAAAGGCAGGCUUCGAGCCGCACGGGUUGAUGCGCAGGUUUCCGCCCCAAUCGCCCAGGCACAGAUUUGAAGGUCUUUAGACUGUGGGUGAAUAAAGACGGGGAAAGGUGCUGUGGCAUAGAUAACGAUACGUGCAGAGACUUGCCUCUUUGAGGAAGUGCCAAGAAUUAAUUCAUCGCCAUGGAGGGCUCUGAGCAGAGGAGGGUCCCGAUCUGUCAGGUCUGAACAGGCUCCCUCUGGCUGUCGCGCGGGGGAAUAGACCGGGAGGAGGGGAACGCAGGGAGAUGACUCCAUCAGCCUCGGCCCCUGGUACCGGAGCAGUGGAGGUGUGCGAAGUGGUCUGAGGGUGAGAUCUGGAACAUGCAUGAAAGGGAGGAGCCUGGCCCCAGACGAGGAAAGGUGGUUUGGGUAUGAGAAGACCGAGGGGGUGAGUCUGAGACCCCAUUUGAACCAGAAAGCUAAGAGGCUUAGGGCUAGGGCUGUCUAGGGCUAGGGCUGUGUGACUCCGCCUGAGCUAAGCUGGUGGAGAGAGAGCCAGUGUCAGGGUGUGACCUAUGUCCCGACUGCCCCCCCAAGCCAGACUGGAGUUGUAUGAGGCCUGGGUACAGGAUGAGCCAGGUAUCCCAUCUUUGGGAAACAGCCUAGUGAGCAUGGUGCCUGCUUGAUGAUGAAGUAGCAGAGCUUCUCAGACUCCUGAGGUCCCUGAGGAGCGGUAUCCCCUCCCCUUUCUGGCGCCUGGGUGUGGACAGUGCUGGGACUGAGAGGCUAAAGUUUUGACAAGAAUCAUCCGGGUUGCUCAGGCAUGCUGAUCUGGAGGCCACUGCUGUUCCACCUUUGCCCUCCCAAUCACAGGUCCUUCAAAGUCCACACAAGCCACACCCUCACCUUGUGCCCUCCAGGCUAUAUCAGGAUUCCAAGAUGCACCAGGCUGGGGGUGGGGGGGCACCUCCCUACCCGCUGUGCUGGGGUCUGCCAGAGACCGUGUAGUUUCCUCUUGUGGGGCACCUACCUGCCAGGCUAAUGACCAAGCUACUCUCAACCCUUUGUGACCAUGCACCACUGAACCGCAUAGCCCACGAGGCAGGCUGUGCCACCCUGCCCAUGGGAAGACCUCUGUAUAUAAUAGUUUAACCCAAUUCCAAGGCAACAGACCUUGGUCUCCACAGGGCCUUGAAUGCCCCAAGGUUGGAGGAUGUACAAAGGGGGAUCAAAAAGAAGCUGAGAAUCGAAGGAAUCACAGCCAGCCCGAUGGGGAGUGGGUAAGGUGUGGCAGCCAGUUCUGGAUGGGCAUCCCUGUCCUCUUCACCAUAGAGCUAACUGGAGUGGGGUGAGCCAAUAUAGGGAAAGCUGAAUUCUGGACUCUCCACUGGACAGCAAGCAAGACUGGGAGAGAGGCAGAUAUUUGGUAUUCACAACCUUCUCCCGGGGGUGUGCUGGGAGUUUCGUAGGAGCUACAGAGGUCCUGGAGUCUGGGGGUGGGAGUUGGGGGAAGUCCUGGAUAUGGGAACAUGGCUGCGAGGGGGCUUUGGGGAAGGGCAGGGGUUGUGGUGCGCCCACGAGCCUUGUCCUGCAAUAAGGGUUCAAGGGACAGGGGCAAUGAGGAGGGGCAGGGGUCCCGGGCUGACCUUCCCCCCCCCCCCAAUCCGGUGCAGAUGGCUGCGGCAGAGGCGGUGCACCACAUACACCUGCAGAACUUCUCCCGCUCGCUGCUCGAGACUCUCAACGGGCAGCGGCUGGGCGGUCACUUCUGCGACGUGACUGUACGGAUCCGUGAGGCUUCCCUGCGUGCCCACCGCUGCGUGUUGGCUGCCGGCUCCCCCUUCUUCCAGGACAAGCUGCUCCUCGGCCACUCUGAAAUCCGUGUGCCGCCAGUGGUGCCAGCGCAGACAGUGCGCCAGCUCGUCGAGUUUCUCUACAGCGGCUCGCUUGUAGUGGCACAAGGCGAAGCGCUGCAGGUCCUCACUGCCGCGUCGGUGCUGCGCAUCCAGACGGUCAUAGACGAGUGCACGCAGAUCAUCGCCCGCGCCCGCGCCCCGGUCCCCGGCGCGCCCGCGCCCCUGCCCACACCCGUGCCCCCACCUCUUGCACCUGCGCAGCUACGCCACCGCCUGCGCCACUUGCUGGCCGCGCGCCCUCCGGGUCACCCAGGUGCGGCACACAGCCGCAAGCAGCGCCAGCCGGCGCGCCUGCAGCUGCCCGCGCCCGCUGCGCCCACCAAGGCCGAGGGGUCGGACGUCGACCCAGCCCUCCCCGCGGCCACAGAGGAAGGCGGUGACGGCGAGGAGGAGACCGAUGACGAGACCGACGGCGAGGACGGCGAAGGCGGCGGCCCAGGAGAGGGCCAGGCGCCCCCUUCCUUCCCAGACUGCGCUGCCGGCUUCCUCACCGCCGCCCCGGACAACGCGUGCGAGGAGCCGCCCCCACCCGCCGGCCUCUCUGACUACGGCGGCGCCGGCAGGGACUUCCUUCGCGGCGCUUCGGCGGCCGAGGACGUGUUCCCCGAGAGCUACGUCUCUGCUUGGCAAGAUGAAGAUGGCACCGCCGCGGAAGCCUGUCCCGCCGAGACCCCGGCCCCGCCUGACUGUGUCUUGUCUGGAUCCCGCGCCCCAGGCGUGAAGACCCCGGGGCCACCUGUCUCCCUUUUCCCCUUUCAUCUGGGUGCCCCGGGGCCACCUGCACAACCUCCUCCCGCACCCUCGGGGCCUGCUCCUGCGCUCCCUCCAGCCUUCUACCCCACACUCCAGCCGGACGCGGCCCCUAGCGCUCCUCCGGGGGAGGCCCCAGCCCCGCCCACCGCUCCCGCUGCGGCCCCCUCGGCCGCCCCUGCCAGAGCCCCGGGUUCCGAGCCGCCUGCCUAUGAGUGCAGUCACUGCCGAAAGACGUUCAGCUCGCGGAAAAACUACACCAAGCACAUGUUCAUCCAUUCGGGGGAGAAGCCCCACCAGUGCGCUGUGUGCUGGCGAUCUUUCUCGCUGCGCGACUACCUGCUGAAGCAUAUGGUGACGCACACAGGCGUGCGCGCCUUCCAGUGCGCCGUCUGCGCCAAGCGCUUCACGCAGAAGAGCUCCCUCAACGUGCACAUGCGCACGCAUCGGCCGGAACGCGCGCCCUGCCCCGCCUGCGGCAAGGUCUUCUCACACCGCGCGUUGCUGGAGCGCCACCUGGCCGCGCACCCUGCGCCUUGACCCAGGCCUGGUCUGGCCACGCCCACCGCGGGUUGGCCACGCCCCACGCAAUAGGCCGCCCUUUGCCGCUCUGGGACCUCCUGUGGAACUAGGCCGCGACCACUGCGGGACCGGUAACGUCCCUGUAAAGCCGCUUCACACGGGCAUAGACGCCUUGACCACGUUCCCACCACCAAACCACGCUUUCCCCAGAGCACAGGCCCUCCCUCUGCUACCACCCUUCUCCCCAGACCUGACCAGGGGUUCAGCCUGCCGCACUACCCUACUCCUUCGUCGGACCCUCCUCAUAGUGGCAGGCUGGGGAUAGGGUUGGUCGGAGACCGGACCGUGCCUGAGAACUGGGCCAUCUCCAGCCUAAAGUGGGCGCCGAGACUUGUGGCUCCGACUCCUUGUGGGGGUUCUGGAGCCGCACCUCUCUGUUCCAGUGUCAAGCUGGGCAUGAACCCUGGCUGCCCACCCUGAACUACCCCUCCCUCAAUCUGGUGUCUGAGGGGGCCCACUGGACCCAUCAUGGACUGGGAUCGGGCCUCGGGACUCCUGUCUAAUAAAGUACUGUGAGCCAUGGGUCCCAAACCUG